CUGGCUGUAAAAUAGCUCAGCGUUAAUGGUGAAGUGGCACUCAUCGACGGGCUGUGAUGGUUUACUGCUGUGUGCCGCUGUGCAAGUCGAGCACGCGGACUUCGACGGGAAUCGCCUUCCACGAGUUCCCGGUGACGGAGAUCCGGAACGACUGUCUGAAGAAGAUCUCUCGCCAAGCCGAAGGCCCAGGAAAACAGCCAUGGAUUCCGAGUGACAGGAGCAAAGUGUGCAGCCUUCAUUUCAAGUCUGGAGACUAUAGAGAGGGCCUGAAAAGACGGAGGUUGAAAACAGAUGCUAUACCAUCGAUCUUCCCUGACUACCCAGCUUAUUUGCGAGCAGCGCCUACAAAGGAGCGACAAACAUUGAAGCGUAGAGCCGUGGCAUCAGUUUCUACUCUGACCCAUCAAGAUGCCAAGAAAAGGUUGGAUUGCUCUAGAGCUGCUGGUUCUGGCGUUGAUGCCACAGCUGCGAUGGUGUCUGUCACAACGGCUUUAGGGCAGCUUCCACCUACGCUGCUGAACCCUGGGACUGUGCCAAAGUCAUCUCCCGAGCCCACCACAGAGUUCCUGACCAAGUCCUCCCCGGAACCCACUGUGAAACCUUUGGAGUCCCCCUGUUUGGAGCCUAUGCUGAACCCCGGGCCUGUGCCAAAGCCAUCUCCUGAGCCAAUCACAGAGCUUCUCACCAAGUCCUCGCCCGAGCUCACUGUGGAACCUUUGGAGUCCUGUUUGGAACUUAUGCUGAACCUCGGGCCUGUGCCAAAGCCGCCCUUCGAGCCUUCCCCACAGCCUGCUCCCGUGCGAGCUAGGGCAGUGAAAGCACAUGGGACUCAGACGAGGCUUUCAAAUCCACGCCUCACGAGGCUCUUGAAGCAAGUGAAAACCGUCGCAAGAAAAUGCCAGAGGCUGCUGAAGAAGAGAGACGAGCUGCAACAGAUGGUUUCCGCUUUGCGAAAGCAGGCAAUGAAGACAGAGGCUGUGAUGAAACAGGGAAACUUCUUGCUCUUGCAGGAAAACAUCGACGCCAACGACCCAAAGGCCCUCUUCCUUCAAGAACAGCUGACCUUCUUGGGUGCUCCGAAAAGCCACUGGCGUGAGGAGACGGUCCGCAACUGCGUGCUGUGGCAUGCUAAGUCUCCGUGUGCCUACCGCCUUCUUCGCGAGACUGGCGUCCUUUCGCUUCCCAGUCGUUCCACAUUGAAACGCUACAUCGGUGCGUGUACUGGAGAGGUUGUGUCAUCCCUGAUCAAACAGCGACGGCAUGUGGAGGCUAAACUGCAUUCCGGACAGGCACUCAAGGGGUCCCUGGUGAUGGAUGAGAUGUCGCUCAAGCAGGCGACAACCUACCAGAAACAGUCUGACACUGUCCAUGGUCUGGUCGAUCUGGGGGGUGCCGAGUCCGACUUCGGCCUCCAGGAUCACCUCGCAACCCACCUACUUUGCUUUGUUUUCGUUGGAUUGUCCACCCACUACAGGUUGUCAGUGGGCUACUACUUUACAAAGGCACUGACUGGAGAGCAGCUCCAACUGCUGGCAUUAAAGGUGAUGGCAUCCAUCGAAGAAGCUGGAUUUCGGGUUGUUCGACUCGUUGGCGACAACCACAGCUCGAAUUGCAAGGUCUUCUCCAACCUGUCGGGAGGCAGUAUAGUGCCUGUUGUGACUCACCCUCUGGAUGAAGCCAGAGAGUUGUACCUCUCCUUCGACUACUGCCACGUCGUGAAAAAUGUGAGGUCUCAGUUUCUGGAGGCCAAAAGGAUCUUCCGUAACAAUGGAACACUGAUCCUUCCUGACUACCUGAGGAGGCUGUACGACCUCCAGCAACGCCAAGGAGCCUUCAAGAUGGUAAGGUGCCUCACAAAGAAGCAUCUGUGGCCCUCCAACUUUGAAAAAAUGAAUGUUGGGAGAGCAGUCGACAUCUUCUCGCCUCGGGUGACCUCUGUCCUGCGGUUCCUGCAGCAGCACGGCCAGCGACUUGGUGCUCCAGGUUUCGAGGGUUGCCUUCCCACCGUGGAGUUUAUGGAACUCGUGUAUAAGUGGUUUGUCCUCCACAACCUCAAGAGCACGACAGUGCAUGUCACCAGCCGGGAUGCCAUGAGGAUGCCCUUCUGGAGUCCAGACGACGAGAGGCUUUCCUGGCUGCAAGGCGACUGCCUGGCGUACUUUGCCUCGUGGAAGGCAAGCGCAACUCACAAGAUGGAGUUCUUCUCCGCGGAGACAUACGAGGCCUUGAGGGUGACGACCACGUCUACUGUGCUAUGCACACGCCAUCUUCUGAACUCCGGGUUCCAUUUCGUACUUACUUCGAAGUAUUCUAGUGAUGAUGUAGAAUCGCUUUUUUCCACAAUCCGUCAGCUGAACGGAUCAAAUGACCAGACAGAUGCGUACUCAGCUCUGUCCGCACUUCAGAAGAUCUUGAUGACAGGGAUUCUUCACUCGUCGACCAGCGCCAAUGUGGGAAGUGUGGUGGGCCCAUUGGGACACGCGUCAAAGCUUCCUCCCCUCCCGGUGGAACAGCCAACUGCCAGCCAGGACCUUGGCAAGCUGCUGCUCCCUCACCUUGCUGUAUUGGAACGAUACCCCUGUCCUCCCCAACAGAGCUUGAAAGCAAGCACCCUCGCCCUGAUUGCUGGAUUCCUCGUUAGAGCUGUUCAGGACAGGAUUCAGUGCGAGGGUUGCUUGCUUAAGCUCCAAGCCCCGCACUCGUGCUCACCGACGACCGCCCUGAUAGCAGGGAUGGACAGGGGAGGGCUGUCAUACCCUACGCUGGCAUUCGUAGGAUUCGUCUGCCAUCUCGAGAGGGCUGCAACUGGUGCUGCUACGGUGCUGGCGAGGGGGCCGAAGCCACUAAAGACUUUCACUAGUGCAGUUCUGCCUGCUCUCAUGAAGAAUCCCUUCUUUGAGUGCCCCCAGGACAGUUCUGUUGCGCACAAGAGAGCCCUAGUCAGCCUCCUCCUCUCCAAAUUCAUGAGGCCAUUCUUGGCAAACCUCACGAACGGCAUGACCGAGGCCCACGCCAAGAGGAAAUUGCAUAAAAAAAGCCGAUGUCGAGGAAAGUCCUAA